UUAAUCCAUCAUCAUCAUUACUUACUACACGUCCGUCAUCACGUUCAUUGGGACCUACACCCAAGCAGUUAGCAGAUGAUGAAAGAAGAAAUUCUGCAGCUUAUACAGCACGUACAGCUGUAGUUCGUCCGGAGCCGUCUUACAAGAUGAAUUUGAAAG